AAUGUUUUUGUUUCUAGAAUCACAAUCAUCAAGGACACAAAAGUCCCUAACGCCUGCCUCUUCACGUUGAACAAAGAGGAUCACACAUUUGGUAACAUCAUCAGACAGUGAGUUCAACUAUUACAUUUCAUUGGGUUUUUUGUGCAAUAAAUUAUAAUUGUAAACUCUUCAUAACUUAAUUUUCUUGUUUUUGCAGACAACUUCUGAAGGACCCCCAGGUGCUCGUUGCUGGCUAUAAGGUCCCUCGUUCUCUGGAGCACAAGAUUGUGAUCCGUGUUCAGACCACACCAGACUACAGUCCUCAGGAGGCUUUCACUAAUGCCAUUACUGACCUCAUCAGUGAGCUGUCGUUGUUGGAGGAGAGAUUUAGGGUGAGUACAUGA